CUUUUUGGGAAGAGCGUAAAUAAAACGCCCAUAUCUACUGUUUCAGGAUUCCCUUGGCCUAGGGUUGAUAAUGGUGUUCUGAAUUUACGAAAAUGACCCACCGUCAUCCAUAAAAAGCAAAGCAACUUAUCAUAUUUCUAUAGGCAUUGCUCGCAUGAGUUACAACUCAAACUCAUCUUUCUUCAAAUCUCUAUAGGCAUUAUACUAUACUAGAGAGUUAAAUUGGAGCUAUAAAUUAUCGUACUCCAUAUUAAAUAACAGAGGACAUAAACAUAAUAAAGGUGAUUGUCAAGCAAGUCAAGAUCGAACAAUGACGUCGUCGGACAUCUAUGUAACUGCGGCAUUUAAGUCAGUUCGUCAAAAUGAAGUCUACAUAUUCAUGCAAAAUGAGUACGUUCUAUGUGACUAUGCACCCGGUAAGAAGUAUGACAAAAUAUUGUACGGACCAGCUCAUAUAGGUGCCGUGUUUUCAUCCCUCGAGUGUACAAUAUUCGGGGAGCUAGGAAUAACUUGUGCAUUCGCGUCUCAUGACCUUGGAAUUGCGUACAUAUUCUCCGGUAACAUUUGUGCCAAAUGGUACUACGGUCUAUACUCUCCUAACAACAAAAUCCUCGAAGGGCCAAAGCUCAUCGUAGAGAUGUUCCCUUUCUUGAAUGGGACAGUUUUCGCGAAUGGUAUAGAUGCUGCCUUUGAAUCAUCGCGUCCUUUUGAAGCUUACCUCUUUAAGGGCGAUCAAUGUGCUCGUAUUAACUAUAGUGCUAAUGGUCAGCUUAUAAAUAACGCUCCAAUACGUCAAAAUUGGCCUUGUUUUAAAGGUACAAUUUUUGAACAUGGAAUUGAUGCUUCUUUUGCUUCACAUAAUCCACAUCAAGCGUACGUGUUCAAAGGUGAUUUGUACGCACGUAUAAGAUUUAUUCCUGGUGUGAGAUUUGAUGUGUUAAUUAGCACAGGAAGAAUCAAAGACUAUUGGAUGGGUUUACAAAGGAUCUUGCCUCGCAAAAAUACUAUUUACUGCAGUAAUUACAACUAAUUAAUACACGUGAUAUGCAUGCUCUUUCCUCACUUAAUCCAAUAAUGAGAAAGAACAUGUAUAGUACUGCCAUUAUCUGUAAUUUUUGAUAGUUUAUUGCUGAAACUUUCAUAAGUUACAGAAAAUUACGCGCCUCUGAAUUUGCCUUCUCAUAUUUAUACAGUUGUUCAUACAUUUCUCCCACUUGUCUAAA